AUGUUGAGACAUCCGGACAUCCAAAAGCCGUUUGUGAUCAUUCCACACGCGAAUCGUUGGGCUGCUUGUGCAGUCAUAGGACAAGAACACGACGGAAAGAUACAACCUGUUCGGUACACGGGACGCGUUCUGAACGAUGCUGAACUCCGGUAUCACAUUAGGUCAUCGCUAUCCUGCGGGCUUUACAAGUAUUUCGGACUAUUCUGGAAGGCCGACAACUACAAGAUAUUCUGUUCUGAAAUGGGUUCUAAGUCGGCAGACGGAAGGUGCGUUCCUUGGGGAGUCACACUCUCACAUUGGGAUAUCGAAAUUCGGAAAGUCCAAAAGGAUGAAGACGGACUUGCAGCCAUCAUGGGAGCAGGGAUCACGCCACGGGAACAUUUGGAUGAGGCUGUUGAAACGUUGAUCCCCUUGAAGGGACAUGUCCGGUAUGAUUUCGACGGAGUCGUACUAAGCUUCGACGGUGCUGCAAAGCUCUCCACUAAAAAGGAAGUUGCGGUUGUGUGCUAUGGCAGUUACCUGGAUGGAAGGUCCUGA